CAGAAACUACCCGGCUGAAUCGUAACCACGUCCUCUUCUCCCAAUCCUUCCUUACAUAUAUAAUCCUCAAUCACAGCCCAACAUUUUUUCUGUAUCCAAAUUCUCUCGCACCACAAUACGGAGCAAGUCUAUCUAUCUAUCUCUUCGAGUAGACCAUUCCAAAGAACAUUCUUGGAAUCUUUCUGGGAUUCAUGCGAGGGGGCGAUUGCUAGAUUCUGAGAAUCUGUGGUGGGUAGUCUGUAAGGAAAUUUCUGGGCUUGAUUUGGGUAUCUUUCUUGAAGCUGUUUUGAGGGGUGGGUGAAAUCCCGGGCGAGACACGUUGCAGAAAUCACGGCUAUACACGGAAUACACCGGCGACCCCUUGUUCAUGGCCUCCGGGCAUUACGAUGCAAGGGUUGUCUGAGUGAAUCGAACACAACUUCGCCGCACGGUGGCCGCGGUGCUCUCCCAUCUGAAGGCGGAAGCCCUUCUGACCUCCUCUUCCUGGCCGGCGGCGGGUUUUCCCCUUUCCUCCUCUAUUAGGGUAGCGCGUGGUAGUUAGAUCGUUCUCUUCGUUUCGAUUUCUGCGUCGUUUGUUGUCCAAUUCACCCGAUCUGUAAAUACCCAAACCCUCCCUUAGAGAAAGAUGUCGUCUUCUUCGAUGGUCCUGAAGAUUAAGAGGGUUCCAACGAUUGUUUCCAAUUUCCAAAAGGAAGAUUGUGAGGAAGGUUCUGUUCGUGCUUCAGGAUGUGGUAGGAAUUGUCUCCGCGAUUGCUGUCUUCCAGGGUCGAAGCUUCCAUUGUAUGCUUUCAGAAAACUGAAAACCUGCAAAUCUGACACCAACUCAGAGGUGGAUGUCAAAGAGCCACCCAUUGCUUUCUUGGACUCCCUGCUUCUUGGAGAGUGGGAGGACCGUAUGCAGAGAGGUCUCUUUCGUUAUGACGUCACUGCCUGCGAAACUAAGGUCAUACCCGGGGAAUCUGGCUUUAUAGCACAGCUGAAUGAGGGGAGGCACCUCAUGAAACGGCCAACUGAGUUUCGAGUCGAUAAGGUUUUGCAGCCCUUUGAUGGAAACAAGUUCAACUUCACUAAGGUUGGGCAGGAAGAGCUGCUUUUCCAGUUUGUAGCCAGUGAUGAUGGGACCCAGUUCUUCCCUGAUUCAUCGAUUGAUGCCGAGAGCUCACCCAACGUGGUUGCCAUUAAUGUUAGCCCUAUUGAAUAUGGCCAUGUCCUGUUGGUUCCUAAGGUUCUUGAAUGCCUCCCCCAGAGGAUUGACAGAGACAGCUUUUUACUUGCACUUCACAUGGCUGCAGAAGCAUCUAAUCCAUACUUCAGAGUGGGCUAUAAUAGCUUGGGGGCAUUUGCCACCAUCAACCACCUUCAUUUCCAGGCAUACUACUUGGCUGUGCCCUUUCCUAUUGAGAAGGCCCCUUCAAGGAUAGUAACCACUGCUGCAGGUGGCGGUGUGAGUGUUUCUGAGAUUCUGAAUUAUCCUGUGAGGGGUCUCGUCUUUGAUGGGUUGAGUACCCUAGAUGAUUUGGCCAAUGUCGUCUCGAGUUCAUGUAUAUGCCUCCAAGAAAACAACAUUCCUUAUAACGCCCUUAUCUCUGAUAUGGGGAAAAGAGUUUUCCUCAUUCCUCAGUGUUAUGCAGAGAAACAGGCACUCGGGGAGGUGAGUAGGGAGCUCCUUGACACCCAAGUUAAUCCAGCGGUUUGGGAGAUUAGCGGUCACAUUGUAUUGAAAAGGAAGGAGGAUUAUGAGGGCGCAUCUGAAGAAAAUGCUCGGAGACUCCUCGCUGAGGUUUCCUUUUCUAGGGAGAGGUUCCAAGAGGUAACUUUUCUCGUCUUCCAAGCCAUCGGGGUGGCAGAACAUGACCGCCCCCUCCCUGAGAAGAAGCCAGAUGUAGAUCCUCAACAAAUGGAGGAAGAGAUGGAUUCCCUUGUAGGUUGUCACCCUACUAUGGUUCCUGUGUAGGCUUUCUACUCCUAGGCUGUACUGUUGGAUUGGAUUAUUUAUCAAUUAUGCGCAUCUCUCUAUUGGAAAUGUGCAUGUCUGAUAGUCAAUUGUUAUGUUUGGCUUCCCCUCUGUCUAAAUAAGGCAAGCCAUGAUUUUUUUUCAACAUAAAAUUAUGUGAAAUAUAUGAAGUUUGCUUUUUGAACGAUGUAAUCGUUUGUUUCUUUCAAAUGCAUUAUUGGAUGUACAUUGUACUAGGUAUAGUGCCUACACGGUAUGUCUAUUGAAUAGAUUUUUUAGAAAAAAUUAAAAGUUUUAGAAUUUCAAAAUAUGAUUA